AACUGGACACGCUCUCCUCUUCGCCACCUCUCUCCGUACUUCUUCAGCGUCUCCCUCCCCUCCAACUCGCCCACGACAUCCCACUCACCAUGGCACCCAAAGACUUCGCGGCGGGCAUCGUCGACGAGGUCGCCAAGUUCCCUCGUCCUGCCGAAGUCGAAAAGUUCACAUACGGCACGGCGGGUUUCCGGCUCAAGGGCGACUAUCUCGACCAUGUCAUGUUCGGAAUGGGCCUGCUGGCUGGCCUGCGCUCUCGCAAGCUGAACGGCCAGACCAUUGGCGUUAUGAUCACGGCCUCGCACAACCCGGCCGAAGACAACGGCGUCAAGCUGGUCGAUCCCAUGGGAGAGAUGCUGGAGCAAGAGUGGGAGCAAUGGGCAACAUACAUCGUCAAUGGCAAGACCCCGGAGGAGACCAUGAACGCCUACAGCCAUGUCGUUCAAAAGUUUGGUAUCGAUCAGGAAAAGCCUGCGAGGGUUAUAUACGCUCGGGAUACUCGUCCUUCGGGCAUCCGUCUUGUCAAGGCGCUUCAAGCUGGUCUGAACGUCACGGGCGUGGAGUCCAAGGACUUUGGCAUCCUCACAACGCCUCAACUGCACUACCUCGUUCGUUCCACCAACACCCAGAAUGACAAGAAUCCGUACGGCGAGGUCUCGGAAGCUGGAUACUACAAGAAGCUGGCUGCAGCUUUCAAAGCUGUGAUGAAGAACACAAAAGCGUCCAGCCCUGUGACUGUCGAUUGUGCCAACGGUGUUGGCGCACCAAAGCUCCAAGAAGCGCUGAAGUACUUACCCUCUGAGGACGAGACUGGCUUGAAAAUCACCGUCAAGAACGACCGGAUCGAAGACGCGGCCGUGCUCAAUAAAGACUGCGGUGCCGACUUCGUCAAGACGCAGCAGAAAGUGCCCGCUGGUUUCAACGGCAAGCCGCACGACCGCUGGUGCGCUUUCGAUGGCGACGCUGAUCGCAUCCUUUACUUUUUCAACGAAGAGGGUAGCAUCUUCCGGCUGCUGGAUGGAGACCGUAUCGCGACGCUGGCGGCCUCGUUCCUCGGCGAGCUUGUUGACAAGUGUGGUUUGUCGGACAAAAUCCAGCUUGGAAUCGUACAAACUGCAUACGCGAAUGGAGCCAGCACCAAGUUCAUUGAAGAUCGACUCAAGUUGAAAGCGGAGUUCACGCCCACUGGUGUUAAGCACCUUCACCACGCCGCAGCACGGUACGACAUCGGUGUGUACUUCGAAGCCAACGGCCACGGCACCAUUCUGUUCUCCAACCACGCGAUCAAAACAAUCUACAAGCAGGAACCAGAAUCGCCCGCUCAACUCGAGUCACUUGAGACGCUCCGCGCUUUGACGGAGCUGAUCAACCAGACCGUUGGUGAUGCCAUCUCCGACUUCCUCCUCAUCGAGGCCAUCCUCGCUCACAAAGAAUACACCGUCAAAGAAUGGCUUGCGACAUAUACCGACAUGCCGAACAAGCUCGCCAAGCAAGUUGUGCAGCGUCGUGAUGACUACACGACCGUUCCCGGCACCGCAGAGCAGAAACUAGAGAGCCCACCAGGGCUUCAGGAGCAGAUCGACGCCGAGGUCGCCAAGUACAAGAACGGUCGCUGCUUUGUCCGCGCAUCCGGCACCGAGGAUGCCGUCAGAAUUUACGGCGAGGCCAGCGAAGCCUACGAUGUCGAUCACAUGGUUCACAGUGUCGGAAAUUUGAUCAAAUCUCGAAGUGGUCAAGGUGCUUAGUGCUCGCCGGGGACACUUCUGAUGCCCGAGUUGGGCGAAGUGAAGGAGCCCAUCAUUGUAUCAGAGCAGG